GUCGCCCUCGUCCCAAUUUCACUUUAGCAUCCAUCGGACAAUUGUCGCUCGACAUUAUCGACCAUGUCUGAUUCAAGGCCCAUGCCCCGACUUCUCGUCAUUAGACACGGAGAAACCGAAUGGACUCUCAACGGGCGUCAUACUGGAAGAAGUGACAUUCCGCUUACUGCUAACGGGGAAAAUAUCAUCAAGGAACGUGCCCCAGACCUCGUCGGCGACGACAAACUACUUGAUCCCGAGUAUAUAUGCUGUGCUUUCGUCUCACCUCGAAUUCGCGCUUCGCGCACUUUUGAGCUCCUAUUUGCCAACGUCCCGAAUCCACCACCGCAUGCCAUAACUGAGGACGUUCGCGAAUGGGAUUACGGUGAUUACGAGGGCCUAACACCUGCACAGAUCAAAGAAAAAGACAAGUAUUGGUCCAUUUGGAGAACAGGCUGUCCCGGAGGGGAGAGCGCUGACCAGAUGACUAAACGCGUAGAUAAAGUCAUUGAGAAGGUUCAGGAGAUCCAUAAGCAGUUCCUUCAAGAUGGCACAGGCCGACGCGAUGUUCUUAUUGUCUCGCAUGGUCAUUUCAGCCGAGUCUUGAUAUCUCGCUGGGUCCAAUUCCCGAUGAGCCUUGGUACACAUUUCCAUUUCGAACCUGCUGGAAUCGCUGUUCUCAGCUACAACCACCGUAGCCUCGAUGAGCCCGCUCUAUGCGCCCUGAACUUGAACGCUGAUUAUAGAUCGUUAUGAUUCGGAAGGCAUUAGAUAACAACGUUUAAAGAGGCAAUAAGUUGUAGAGCAUGAAAGAAAGCAUCAUUCGAUAAAGCUACAGAAGUUUGCGAUGAAUGCAGUAACAACAUGUACAAGAAUGAAAAUAUAAAGGCCGAUUAAUCAUUUUCUUCCCUCGAGAUACGUCUGAGACGACGGCGCACAUCUGAUUCUGGCGAAGAUUGUACGUGAGGCGAAAGUUCCUCAUCGCUCUCUUCUUUGACACGCGAAGACCUGCGUUGCAUGCGCGUCACGGUACUUGGACCCUCAACAGGGGAUAAAUCACCUUUUUCUUCCUCCUUUACCAUAGUGUCCGCCUUGCCUCGCACUAUCGAUGGAAGAAGGCAUCCGGCAAGAAUAAGUGACGCCACAGUGAAAAAGGUUAUGGCCGCUGUAGUGGCAAGGGUAAUGGGGAAAGCUGCCACGAUACGUCUUAAACCUCGAGGGCGCACAGCGCCAAGUAAGGCAGCAUCGUAAACGCUCAGUUCACGUCCUUCACCGUUUCCCAGUGUUUUCCACCCGUCCCUGCGUCCAAGCUCGAUAUGGGCUCUUACGCUGGACGCACUAGUAAUUAAAGACGUGGCAAAUGGUACUGUUAACUUCAAGAGACGUGGUGCACGGGAUAACCGUAGAAAACUGGACGCCGGGGGCAUAACAAGGACUGGUUUCCGAAUGUCUACUAUUGUGGCAUUCGCGUUUGUACUGACUCUCAACGAGGCCAUAAAAUUUCCGAGAGCGUAAUUCGCCUCGAUGGCUGGGACAGUAAGCUGAAGUGUAACUUCGUAUGGCUGACUUGUCGAGAGAGAAGAAAUUUCGACGUCUCCGUAGGGAAUGGUGCCAUCUCCAAACUGAAGAUAGACAGGGAGUGACCAGCCGUGUGGAACGCUAGACCAGACUAUCCAUCCCGCAACGAAGGAGAAGAGGAGAAGGACUGGUAAUGCAACUAGGCAAAUGAAGACUGGCACGAGCUGCGGCGACCACGACCUAAGGUGAGUCAACGCAUUACUAGAUAGGGAGGUAAGCAGUUCGAUUAAGCGGUUGUUCGGAGCAGCCUGGAUGCGUCGCGGACUGUCCGUAGAAGCCAUAAUAAAAGAUGCAACACU